CCGGAGCUCUGGACAAACUCGCCUCAGGUCAGCCGGGAUUCCUGCUUCUCCUGCGGGCUGCAGGUCACAGAUCCGUCUUGAGCCUCUGACCUUUGACCUCUGAACCCUGCCCACUGGUUUGUGUCAGGACCUCGCUGUUGGUCCUGACUGUGGGGAUGAUGAUGAUGAUGAGAAGGAUGAAGUGCGACCACGUGCUGGUGUGUGAAAGGGAGGGCAAAGGUCGUCGCACCUGUAGCGCCUGAACCACUCCGAGGGAUGAGUCCUUGAAAGUCUUGGAUUAUAAAGCAGAGGAACCUUUGAAUUCCUUGACAUAUUGAAUAAAAACCAAUUAUUUAUUGCAACGUCGAACUAAAAGGAUCCUUGAAUACAGAAUCUGUGAAGCUGGAAAAAUUCUCACAGAAGAUAGAGCACAUUCAUUAAUUUCGGAUUUACAACGAAGGACGAAAGUGUUGGAAUUUCUGGAGUGAUAACAAAGAGAUACAAAGUCCCUGGAUAUCCUUGGAUUUUUCUUUGGAAUAUAAAAGUGCAAAAGCUUGAUUUUUUUUUCUUGACAAAGAAUAUUAAGCUAUUCAACUACAUAUUUUGUGGAACUUAUUUGUACUCUGAAACUUACAUUUUUGGAGCAGAGUCGCUUUUUUCCUGCUCAAAGUUUAGUACAGUUUAUUUUUGUUUCCUUUUUCAUGCCCUUGUCCAUCUUGUUGUUGGGAGUCUUCAUCAUAUUCUGACUUUCAUCCUCCCCUCGGCCCGAGGACAUGGCUCUGUCUCCUUCGAUAGGAGAACGGACGACGGGAAGUUGACUCCUGCAGGGAGCGAGGACGAGAGACAAACAAGCAGAGGGAGAAGAGGAGAGAGCGGGCAGAAUGUCGUGGAAGAGGAACUACUUUGCAUCAGGUGGAGGUGGAGGCGUUGGAGGCGGCGCUGGAGGCAGCGCUGGUGUUGUCGGUGGUGUUGGGAUGCCGGGGAUGUUGACGCCUCGCACCAUGACGUCCAUCGCUCCCAGUAAAGGGCUGAGCAACGAGCCGGGACAGAACAGCUGCUUCCUGAACAGCGCCCUGCAGGUUCUCUGGCACCUCGAUAUCUUCAGACGUAGUUUUCGUCAGCUGACGACCCAUAAGUGCAUGGAGGACUCGUGCAUUUUCUGUGCUCUGAAGAGUAUCUUUGCCCAGUUUCAGUACAGCAGUGAGAGAGUUUUACCGUCUGACGCUCUUCGCAGCGCGCUCGCCAAAACCUUCCAGGACGAGCAGAGGUUUCAGCUGGGCAUCAUGGACGACGCUGCAGAGUGCUUCGAAAACAUCCUGAUGAGGAUUCACUUCCACAUCGCAGACGAGACCAAAGAAGACAUCUGCACAGCCAGGCACUGCAUCCCCCACCAGAAGUUUGCCAUGACGCUCUUCGAACAGUGUGUGUGCAGCAGCUGUGGAGCGUCCUCAGACCCGCUGCCCUUCAUUCAGAUGGUCCACUACAUCUCCACCACCUCCCUGUGUAACCAGGCAGUGAAGAUGUUGGAGUCGAGAGAGAAAGCGACUCCUGGCAUGUUUGGGGAGCUGCUGCGAAACGCCAGCAUGGGAGACCUACGCAGCUGUCCCAGUCAGUGUGGGCAGCAGCUCAGGAUGGCUCGUGUCCUCCUCAACAGUCCGGAGAUCAUCACCAUCGGUCUGGUUUGGGACUCGGAUCACUCGGACCUGGCUGAGGACGUCAUUCACACUCUGGGAACCUGCCUGCGUCUGGGAGAUUUGUUUUACAGGGUGACGGAGGAGAAGGCUCGUAAGUCUGAGCUCUACCUGGUCGGCAUGGUGUGUUACUACGGGAAACAUUACUCCACCUUCUUCUUCCAGACGAAGAUCCGACGAUGGAUGUACUUCGAUGAUGCACAUGUCAAAGAGAUCGGUCCUAAGUGGAAGGACGUUGUUUCUCGCUGCAUCAAGGGCCACUACCAACCUCUGCUGCUGCUGUACGCAGACCCGCGGGGGACGCCGGUGUCCGUCCAGGACUUGCCCUCGCGCUUCGACCUCCGCAGCCUCAACAAGGCCUGUUACGACAGCGAAGACUCGGGCCGCGAGCAGUCAAUCUCCAGCGACACUCGCACCGAUUCGUCGACGGAGAGCUACUCGUACCGACAGCCCUCCCACUCACACCAUGAGUCCCUGGCCAGUCACUACUCCUCUGACUCCCAGGGAACCGUCAUCUGCAUCGAGCGCCCAGACGGACCCCUGCACACCUCGCUCUGCAGCCUGGAUACCAUAGGCCACGUGACGGACGGUGAGCAGCACCAGUCUCUGAGGAAGGGAGGCGGGGCCGGGGAUAGGAGGCGGAGCUCUAGCCGCCAUCGGCGAUCUAAACCCGACACCGAAGCCUCAUCUGCCGGGUACCACAGCGAGGGUGAGACAUUAAAGGAGCAGCAGGUUCCUCGUCACCUUCCCAAACCUUCCUCCUCCUUCUCAUCCUCAACCAGUCGCCUCCGAGACUUCAAGGAGACCAUGAGCAACAUCAUCCACAGCCGACCCCUCUCCUCCUCUUCCUCCUCCUCUUUACCAGCUGCCGUCCUCUCCUCUGAAAUCACCUCCAACAACCACCUCUACUCUGCCAACACUUCUGAUCCCUCCUCCAAUAAGCCCCAGGACUGGGAGGCCGACAGCACCAGCAGCGAGUCCAAGUCCAGCUGCUCGGGGGGAGCAGGGUCGGGGAGGUACCGGCCAGCGUGGAGGCCCCGCAGGGAGGCGCUCAACAUUGAUAGCAUCUUCAAUCGUGAGAGGCGAAGGCAGGCAGGGUACAGCCCGCUUGGAGCCUCCCUGCCAGACGACUGUGGAGGUCCAACCUCAGAGGGAGCAGAUACCCCCUCACCAGCCCAGGGGGAGGUGAGGUCUGUCGGGCCAGGCUCCUCCUGGACUCUCCCCACAGCCUCCAGCAGCCACAGAGGAGGCGGAGAUGGACCUGGAAGUGGAGGACGAGCAGAUCUGCCUCCUCCACCUCCUCCUCCUCCCAGGCUGAUCCAGAGAAUGGAGAGUGGAUACGAGAGCAGCGAGAGGAACAGCAGCAGCCCGGUCAGCCUGGACCUGAACCCGGGAGACAGGGAAUGUGUCAUGAAGAAGCCUUCCUCCUCCUCCUCCUCUUCCUCAGGACCGUCAUGGAAGAACAUCAGAUCGAAGAGCAGCGGCGCUUUGCUGCAGGAGCUCAGCUCUUCCAGCAGGGGGAGCCUCGCGCCCCCUGCAGGUCGCAGCGAGCUGGACGAGCUGCAAGAAGAGGUGCAGAGGAGAGCGAGGGAAGAGGAGCAGCAGCGCCGGAAGGAGAAGGAGAGGGAGGCGGCACUCGGCUUCAACCCCCGACCUAGCAAGUACCUGGACCUGGACCAGCUGCAGAUCCAGGGUAAAGGUGACAGCUUCGAGAGGUGUGUGUCGGAGGCAGAGUUGCUGCUUGACCAGUCAGUUCGUCUGGAGCAGGCAGGCGAGGUCGCCGCUGCGCUGUCGGCGGUCAACGAAGCCGUCUCCAAACUGCAGCUGGUGGCGUCUGAGAGCGGAGCUAGUAGUCACAGCCGGCUGCAGCGCUGCAUGAGGAGAGCCCGCAGUCUGCAGCAACGCAUGCAACUGCAGCAGCAGCAGGACUCAGAGGCAGGCAGACAGCAACCGCAGCAACAACAGGAGGAGGGGCAGCAGCUGCAGGAACAGCCCAGUGAAAAGCCUCUCCCGCUCCAAAUACUUCUGACGGAGACACAAGGCGACCAACCAGCUGCCAGUGUGGACCAGCAGGCUCCGCCUCUCUCUCUCUGCCACAUUAAGCCCCUCCCACCCAAAACAAACUCAUUGUCUGACGGCACCUCCAACACCGGGGCCCCUACAGGUUCACCCAGGGAGGACAGUGGGACAGGAGGCCCAUGCUCUCCUUUUGGGAAACCCCUCACCAACACUGGGUCCCUCCCUGCUCUGUGCAUGGACAGCUGGGAGCAAAGUCCCUUGGGAGACUUAGCUCCGCCCCCUCCACCUGAGGAGGUGGAGAGUCCUGCCCAGUGGACCAGAACACCCCCUGUCUCUAUUCCAACAAGGGCCCAGUCUCCGCCACCUGUUGGCACCAGCGACAGGUGUCAUCUGAUGAUGGAGGAGGCGCCAUAUUUCCCCCGACCAUCACAGAUCACGCCCCCUGCAUCUAGCCCCACCCCCAGGCUCGCUCCGCCCUCGUCCUCUUAUCCAACCAGGAGCUGGUCCUGCUUACACCCCGACCCACCUGAUGUUGUUGAUUCUCUCGUUGACCCGCCAAACAGGUCGCCCAUUUACUCACCCCCAGAUUCCCCCGCCAACGUCCCCCUGCCGCCUCCUGUGAGUCGGCCCGGUCGGACCUCGUCCCCGCCCCCCAGCCAGGACUACAGAGCGACCCUGCCUGUGGAACGCUGGGCGGAGAACGUCAACAGAUACUACGGCUCUUUAAAUGCUACAGGAGGAGGCGGGGGAGCAGCGGCGUUGCCCGGUGAGGAGCUGUCGGAGCUGGACUCUCUGUACCAGGCCAGUCUGCUGGCUCCCAGCAUGCACCGGGGCAGCCGAGGAGUCAGUCCGCAGCCAACCAACAACAAACCAGGUGUGAGGAGAAUGCUGCCAGGAUCUGGACGCUCCAAAACACCGACUGCUGAGAUCGAGAGAUAUGCCUACAGAUCACCGGUCACACCUCAUAAGCCGCCUUCAGGUGAAGACGAGAGCUACAGCGCAGAUAACCUGCGACGCAUCGCCCGCAGCCUGAGUGGAACAGUCAUCGGGUCCCGACCCCAAAACCUCGGACCUUCCCACAGCUGCGACCCCUCUGUGUCCAGACCUCCUCUCAGGCACUCCUCCUCUUCCUCCUCCCUCCUCCGACGCCCGAGCACCUCCUCCCUGCACAUCCCCUCCUCCCCCACCUCCUUCACUACAGAUCACUCCUACCACCACCACCUCCUCCAACACCACCAACCCCGACACCACGGCCCCUCAGCUCCUGCACCUCCUCCACAGCACCCUCCCUUGCAGACAUCACGGCCCCCGAGCUCGGGCCACUCCACCUGGGGACACUCAGGAUCUGGACCAGGCGUCCAGCAGCAGUUUCUGGUUGUGUCUGACAGGCAUCAGGCUCUCUCAGGUCAAAGCCUCCACAGCGUCGCGCUGAAUUACGGCACUCUGCCCCGAGCUCCUCGCCGAGCGCCGCCUCCCUCCUCCUCCACCGCCUCCCUCCCCAGACCCAGAGCCGGCCCUGCUCCUCCGCCGCCGGGCCAACAGAGUCUCUAUGCCACCCUGUCCCGCCCUCGCCGCCCUGCCAACACAACCACUAACGGUCACUACCGGCAACCAUCGCUGCCCAGUAAAGUCAACGGGUCCUCCCAGUACGCUCAGCACCACGUCAGGGUGCCGGGGGAGGCCCCCGCCCAGCCGCUCCGCCUUGAUGUGCCCCCUGAGACCGACUGGCGCCGUGACUACAGGACUGUCGGCUCCUCCUGGGACCCCCGCGCCGCCCGCCAACACCUGCCCCUCCAGCGGACUGACUCCCGCCAGCCUCCCCGGACCCGCAGGGACCCCCAGCUGUGCUCGCUCUGCCAGCAGCUCCCCGCGGAGCCGUCACGCCCCUACUGCCCAUCCUGUGGCGCUUACGUGGCUCGGUUCCGCCCGGUCAGCUGAUCUGCG